ACUCUCCGUUAGCUAUCCGUUAAAACGGAGCGCUGGUUCCCGAUUCCCAAAUUUUUGAAGUUCUCAGGCCAAAAGGCCAAAACCCCGAACCCAUGCCAGAAUGAGGGCUUUAGUUUCAUCCUCGCCAUUUUUCUUUUGAUCCUCUCCGAUUCUCUCCUCCACUCCCUUACCCCGCGGGAAAGAUGCCUUCGGAAGAUGCAAAGACAGUGAAGAAGGAGGAGGAGGAUGUCAAAGACAAAGACGAAGACGAAAACCAAAGCCUCGGUUCUAUUCUCGUCGAGGGCCGCAAGAAGAAGAAGGAUGCGAAGCCCGUCAAGAAAGAGAAGGUCGUCGAAGACCAAGAAGAUCGCAAGAAGGCACCUGCCAAUGCUGCCCCCAAGUCUCGCCCUAAGCAAGCCAAAGUGAAGAAGGAAGAAAAACAGGAUGAUUACGACGACGACGACGACUAUGAUUUUGAUAAGCCCCUGGCUAGAAAAAACAUCAACAAGGCCGAUAAGCAGCAGAAGAAGAAGAAGAAAAAGAAGGAAGACUUGGAGGAGACGAAGAAGAAGAGGGAGAGGAAGGUGUAUGAUUUGCCUGGUCAGAAGCGAGACCCUCCAGAGGAAAGGGAUCCAUUGAGAAUUUUCUAUGAAACGCUGCACAAGCAAGUGCCCAACAGUGAAAUGGCCGCAUUCUGGAUGAUGGAGUCUGGUUUGCUGUCCAAGGAGCUGGCAAAGAAAGUUUAUGAGAAGAAACAGAAGAGGAAUCAGCAGCAAAAGCUGGGUUCGCCUAUGAAAACUGUUACUGUGAAGAAAACCACCCAGUCGGUUACCAUUAAGAGAAAAACGUCAUCCUCUGUGGUUUCUUCAGAGAAGAAGAAGCCAAUGGAAAAGCCUAAUGCUGUGUCGAUGAAGUCCAAGAAGAGGAAGAAUGAGUCCGAAGAUGAUUCAGAUGACGACUUUGUGUUGUCCAAGAGGAUGAAGAAACAGAGAGCAUUGUGAUUUAUUUUUUUAUCGACAAUCAUUUGACUUAUUAAUGUGUAUUGUCAUCUUAGUUGAUUGAUUCUCAGUUGGGGAAGGAAUGGUUGGGGAUCUUGAAUGUAUGGGAAUUAAUGGGAUGUGAAGCUGUGUGUAGCUCCCUAAGAUGGGCUGUGCGAACGGACCAUGGUUUUUAAUUAAAAGCUCUAAUUGACUAAA